AUGGAUACACGCGCAAGCCAAGAAUUAUUACAUACGAAUAAGGACCUGCAUAAGUUAAUAGCACCGCAAGCAGACUAUUGGCGGUUCAAGAUUUCAUACGAAACCGUCGUCAUUUUUAUCUACUUGCAUCUUUCGGCGAUCUAUGGACUAUAUUUAUGCUUUACGUCGGCUCAUUGGGCUACUAUAAUUCAUGGCCUGGUGUUCCUCGAAGCUGCCCUACUUGGCGUAUUAGCCGGAGCGCACCGCCUCUGGUCCCACAGGAGCUUCAAAGCCAAACUGCCGCUCCAAAUCAUCCUCGUAAUCUUCCAGUCCAUGGGAGGCCAGUUCACCGUCCUCAACUGGGCCAAGGACCACAGGGUUCAUCAUAAACAUAGUGACACAGAUGCGGAUCCUCACAACUCUACGAGGGGUUUCUUCUUUUCUCAUGUAGGCUGGUGGCUGGUGCAUAAGCAUCCGGAAGUCAAAAGAAGAGGGGCCAGUGUAGACUUGUCAGAUCUGAAGAACAAUCCUGUGGUGUCUUUUCAGUACAAUAAACACGGGUUCGCCUUUAUAGUUAUGUUCACCUACGUCAUCCCCACCCUGGUCCCAAUGUUGUUCUGGGGGGAGACCUUGAAGAACGCCUACUUCGUGAACAUACUCCGCAGUGUUCUGUGUCAAAACUGCACGUCUAUGAUAAACAGCUUUGCCCACGCCUUCGGGAACAGACCUUAUGACAAAGAAGUCCGAGCUACAGAAAACAUGGCUGUGACCCUGGCCACUCUUGGCGAAGGAUUCCAUAACUAUCAUCACGCCUUUCCAUGGGACUAUAGGGCUGCAGAACUAGGCAUUAGCAGGUUUAACUUGACAUCAGCAUUUAUAGACUUCUUCGCAUGGAUAGGAUGGGCGUACGACUUGAAGACGGUGGAAUAUGACGUGGUUGCUAAAAGAGCUAAGAGGUGUGGCGAUGGCACGUUUAUAGAACUAGAACCGCAAGGAGAGAUGCAUUGUAAGGAUAAACUAGAAUUGAAUAGUGCUUACGCAAGGUUUUAUUAG